AUGGGUAUCGAAACUUCUGCCCAUCAUGGGGAGUCAAUCACCCCGGCCCAACAGCCAAACAUUGAGUCCCCUUACCAAAGCAGCCUGGAGCAGAAGCCGAUGCGACCUGCUGGCCUUGAGACCCCAAUUCCUCGAAUUACCAUGCGGUCCCUCUUCAUGGCCCUCUUCGUGUCCAUGGGAGGUCUGCUCUUCGGUUAUGACACUGGCCAGAUCUCCGGAUUCCAAGAGAUGAGCAACUACCUGCAACGUUACGGUGAACCCGACUCGAGUGGAGAUUACAAAUUCAGCACCGUGCGUUCUGGUCUCAUCGUCGGAUUGCUUUCCAUCGGUACUAUGAUCGGUGCCCUGGCUGGUGCCCCCAUCGCAGAUAAAUUGGGCCGCAAGUGGUCCAUUACCCUCUGGUGCAUGAUUCUCAAUGUGGGCUUGAUCGUGCAGAUCUCUUCCCCCGAUGGUCACUGGUAUCAGAUGGUCGUUGGCCGUUGGGUCACUGGUCUCGGUGUCGGUGGCUGCUCGCUCGUCGUCCCCAUGUACCAGGGUGAGAGUGCUCCUCGUCACAUCCGUGGUGCUAUGAUCAGUUGUUACCAGCUGUUCGUCACCCUUGGUAUCUUCUUGGCUUAUAUUAUCAACUUGGGUACUCAUCACAUGGAUGGUACCGGUCAAUGGCGCAUCACCCUGGGACUGACCUUCCUCUUCGCUCUUAUCCUCGGUGGCGGUAUGCUAUUCUUCCCGGAGAGUCCUCGUUUCGAGUUCCGCCAUGGAAAGGCCGAGAGUGCCCAACGCACUUUGUCCAAGCUCUAUGGUAUCCCUGAAAACCAUGUUCGCAUCUUGGAGGAGAUGGAUGAGAUUCGCGAGCAAUUUGAGGCUGAGUCUGAUGACCAGAAGUGGCACGAAUUCCUCACUGCCCCUCGCAUGUUCUACCGAAUUGUCCUGGGAAUGGCUCUGCAGUCACUUCAGCAGCUCUCCGGCGCCAACUACUUCUUCUACUAUGGAACUACUAUCUUCGAAGGCGCCGGUAUCUCCGACAGCUUCAUCACUCAGGUUAUUCUCGGUGCCGUGAACUUUGGUACCACAUUUGGUGGAUUGUACGUCGUGGAGAACUUUGGUCGUCGCAAGUCUUUGAUCUUCGGAGCUAUUUGGAUGUUUGUCAUGUUCAUGAUUUUCGCUUCCAUUGGUCACUUCGUCCUCGACGUUAAGAACCCCACAAACACCCCGAACGCAGGAAAGGGCAUGAUCGUUGUGGCAUGCUUGUUCAUUGCCGCUUAUGCUAUGACAUGGGGCCCUAUGGUUUGGGCCAUUGUCGCAGAGCUCUUCCCCUCCAAGUACCGUGCCAAGGGUAUGGCUAUUGCGACCGCAACCAACUGGCUCUGGAACUUCUUGAUCAGUUUCUUCACCACCUUCAUCACCAACGAAAUUGACUUCGCCUAUGGAUACGUGUUCGCUGGUUGCCUCUUCGUCGGUGUCGGAAUUGUCUACUUCUUCGUCAUUGAAGGCAAGGGUCGUACCUUGGAAGAACUUGACUGGAUGUACGUCAACAAGGUCGUUCCCUGGAAGAGCAGCGACUACGAAAUCCCCGAGCGCCACCAAGACUGGAUCGCGGAUGAAAACCCGUACGGUCGCAAGGAAGAGCGUGCCAUGCACACUGAGAACGCAUAA